AUGAAAGUCAAAGUGAUUUCAAGGAAUCCAGAUGACUAUCAACGAGAAACGAAAGCUGAUCUUCACAAAUUGGUCAGAAAUUACAAUUCGGAGCGAGACGCCUUUCAAGCGCAAACGGAAUACGUCAGAGCGUUAAAUGCGACGAAAUUAGAGCGGGUAUUUGCAAAGCCAUUUGUGGCGUCUCUCGAUGGGCACAAUGAUGGAGUGAGCAUUCUCUCAAAGCAUCCCUUUCGAUCAUCAACGAUCUUUUCUGGCGCUCGAGAUGGACAAAUUAAAGUGUGGAAUUUACCACGAAGGGAAUGCAUCUCAACAAUACAGACGCAUCGAGGACUUGUUAAUGGUCUCUCUGUUGACAAUGUGGAUGGUGAGCAAAUGGUAACCGUUGGUAGCGACAGUCAACUGAAAAUGUGGAAGGUGCCGGUCACUGGCAAAGAAGCAAACUUGGAUGAACCUAUGCACAGCAUCCCGUUAAAUGAAGUUGCUCAUUCUAUAUCGCAUGUCGCAAAUUCUACCGAUUUUGUCACAAGUGGUGAUACAGUCAACGUGUGGAAGCCUUGGCGAGACUCACCAAUUCGUACUUACAAUCUUGGCGUCAACACGAUUCAUUGUGUCCGCGCGAAUCCCAUUGAAGAAGCAGUUAUGGUCGGUGUGACAACAGAUCGCAGCAUUUUUCUACUCGACACUCGACAAAAGAGCCCGCUCAAAAAGGUUACCAUGAAACUUCGGCCCAACAUGGUUAUCUGGAAUCCCAUGGAGGCUUUUGUUUUUGCGGUUGCUAACGAUGAUUACAAUGCUUAUUCCUUUGAUAUGAGAAAUCUUGUUAAUCCGCGAAGGAUUCAUUAUGGACACACAAUGGCCGUCGUCGACAUUGACUACUCUCCUACUGGUCGUGAAUUAUGUACUGGAAGUUUUGAUCGCUCAGUUCGAAUUUACGGUGUCGAUUCAGCAACUUCUCGCGAAGUGUAUCAUACAAAGCGAAUGCAACAAGUGCUAUCGGUGCUUUGGUCCGCUGAUAGCAAAUUUGUUCUCUCGGGUUCGAACGAAAUGAAUGUUCGAGUUUGGAAGGCACAUGCGGCUGAGAAGCUUGGACCAAUGACAAAGAGAGAAGAGUCGGCCCUGCAAUAUUCUGAAAAACUUCGCGAACAGUUCAAAGAGCACCCAGAAAUCCGCCGAAUACAAAGACAUCGCCACGUGCCCGGCUCAAUAUACAAUCAAACAAAAGAGCUACGAACCAUUCGAGAAGCGAAGGAAAAAAAAGCAGAAAGGAGGAUCAAGUACAACAAGGAAGCUGUGCCAGAAAGAGAUACACACAUGGUUGCAACAAAGGAAGAAGAA